AUGGCCAGCAACCCGGACUCCCGGCCCCUCCCAGAUGGAUGGGUCCAGCAGUUCAACGACCAGCACAAGGCGUGGUUCUAUGUAAACACCAAGAGCACCACCGGGCCCCAGAGCCAGUGGACACAUCCCGCCGACGAUGCCCCCAACUACGCCCCUCCCCCAGGGCUUCCCCCUCCGGCCAAAUCAUCCACCCCCUCCUACGGGGAUGAACAGAACCGAGGUGCUGCCAACUCGUUCUACCAGUCCAGCACGCCCCAGCCCCAGCAGCAAGGCCAGUAUCAGCAGACGGAGUACCAGUCCACCUCUUCGCCUGGCGCUUACCAGCAGCAAGAACAGAAGAAGAAGGGUUUGGGAGGACUGCUUUCCAAGCUUGGGGGUGGUAACAGGCCUAUGGGCGGGGGUGCAUAUCAGCAGCAGCAGUACGCACCGCAGCAACAAUACGGCGGGUACCCUCAGCAACAGCAAUAUGGCUACCAGCAACAGCCAAUGUAUGCUCAGCAGCCCAUGUAUCAGCAAAGACCCCAGAGGCAGGGUAUGGGCGCUGGUGCGGGAGCUGCCAUGGGUCUAGGUGGUGGACUGCUGGGUGGUAUGCUUAUUGGAGAUAUGAUGAGUGAUCAUAACGAUUACGGAGGAGGUGGUUACGGAGACGGGGGCGGAGAUUACGGAGGAGGGGGUGAUGAUUUCGGUGGAGGAGAUAUGGGUGGUGGUGACUUCUAG